AUGGGAGAGGGGAACGACUAUAGUGCUAAUUUUUAUUCAACAAGAAAUCUCCCUUUUUCAGCUCCAGUUUGGGAAUUGGUUACUUCAGAUUGGAAAAGAUUCAGUAACAAUCCAGAAGAAAGCAGUGCUGAUUUGAGCGAAGAUGAACGUGAAGAAUGGACACAAGUAUUUAACGAAGCAUUAACUAAAAGCAAAUGUUUAAAUGGUGGAGCAAAAUUUGUUGAAGGAUACAAACAUUUUAACCCAACCAGGGGAAUUGAUUAUUUAAUUGAUUUGGAGUGUGAUAACAAUGAAAUAUUUGAACGUAUACAAGUAAGCAGACCAAUACAUUCUACAAAAUUGUUGGAAAAAGUUCCUUAUGUUAAAGAGGAUCGUGAAAUUGCUCUUUUAGUUCCAGUAGAAACUCCAGCCCAAAUUUACAGUCUUCAUCCCCUUCUGCGUCGAAUUUUAUCAAUUUGUAUGUCUGGAGCUGUCGAAGGACGUCAAUUAAGAGUUUUGGUUGCUGCUAGAAAUGUUGAAGCAUUGCCCCUUCGAUUGUUGGGGGAAAACUUGGCAGAAAUGAGACGAAGAUGUCGUUCAAUGGACUCAGACCUUUUACUUCUCAAACCAGAUCCAAAUUAUCGAACAACAAUAGAAUUAGCAGCAUUGGAUGAAGCGGUUGAUCGUUUUGGACAACAAAAUCUUUUUUUACUUCUUUCACCAUUUUCUGAUUUUCAACCAGAUUUUCUUGAUCGUGUCCGGUUAAAUACAAUUCAACAUUUUCAAGUCUUUUUUCCUAUUGGGUUUACAGAAUUUAAUCGAAUUGUAACUGGAUUAACACCUAAAGAAGCUGAAGCAUUUGUAAUUCAUAAGGAUAGGGGAAGAUUUGAUUCGGAUGAUGAAUGGCCAGUAGCUGCAUUAUUUGGUGCCGAUUUUGCUUCAGCUCGUAUUCUUCAUCCAAAUGCUCGUUCAGUCGUUACACUUUUCCUCAAUCAAUCAAAUGUCCACAUUUUUCGUGCCGUCGAGCCUUCAUUAAGAAUUAGACCACAUUUACGUGUUUGCACUUUUGAACAUUAUUACCCCUCUAUUGAACAAAGACAACGUUGUGAAAGACGUAGAAGAUUGGCACUUGGAACGAGGGCACAAUUAGCAAAACUUUUUCUUCUUGCAAUAACUCCCCCAAAUGGAUUCGCGUAAUUUUAAAUUUUUUUAUUUCUAUUCUCUCACUAAUUCUAAAUGUGCAUUAUAUAUAUUUUUUGAUUUUUGCCGUUAUUUAUCUUUAUAAUUGCAAUCCCAGUUUUUAAAAAUUUUUAUUUUUAGUUAUGAUAGCAAUAAUAUAUUGAUAGAUAGCUCUAACGAACAAAGAAACCGUUCCUCCUCCAUGUGGCAACCUCCAUAAUUUUUGGUGGGUAUACCAAUAAUAAUUUUUAGGGUCAAUAUUAGUCCUUUUAAAAGCUUCUCCUCACUAAAAUAUCCCAUUGAAAAAUAGAAGUCCUCUCU